GAAGCAAAAUAACACCCAGUGGAAAAAGGAGGAAGUCAGGAAGCUGCUCGCUUGUGACAGCCGUAUCACAGAAAAGCACAGUAAAAAAAAAAAAAGGCCGGGUUUGAGCUUGAACCCUUGUGCUUUUCGGCCAGAGCCAGACUCCGAGAAAACGCUCCCGACAUGUCGAAGAACACCACGGCCGCCCGCUUCCGACGAGUAGACGUGGACGAGUACGACGAGAACAAGUUUGUGGACGAGGAGGACGCAGGAGAAAACCAGCUGGGUCCCGACGAGGCAGAGGUGGACUCGCUCAUCAGACAAGGAAAUCUCAAUCAGGCUUUACAAGCGGUCUUGAAGAACCCGCCAAUCAACACAAAGAACCAGAACGUCAAGGAUCGCGCUGAGGGUUUGGUGCUGAAGGUGCUCAGCGCCUUUAAGAGCAGUGACAUCGAGAAAGGGGUGCAGUCCCUCGACAAGGAUGCCGUGGACCUGCUGAUGAAAUACAUCUACAAAGGCUUCGAGAGGCCGUCAGAAAACAGCAGCGCCGUCCUCCUGCAGUGGCAUGAAAAGGCUCUGGCAGCUGGAGGAGUCGGCAGCAUCGUUAGGGUGCUAACGGCAAGGAAGACGGUCUAGAAGAGGAGCGGAGGAUCUCUGACGGAGACCGUUCAUGUAAUCAUAACAGAUGGCAUAGGCACGAAAAGGAAAAACUGAUAUUUAACCCAAUGUGAUCCUGUUCCGGUCAAAAUCAAAUCUGGGUCACAUUAGGUUUCUUUAAAUAAAUAGUUUUUCUUCUUUCUUCCCAUUCAUGAUCACAGCCGACUAAAUCAUGUUACUCACCGGGUGCUACAGAGAGCGUUGUAUGUCUGACCCCCCCUUUCUCUCCAUGUCAGUCCUACACAGUGUGUGCUCAGUUUACACAACAGGGUUCCCCAAAUAGAAAUACUUCUUAGAAAACACAAUUGAACGCAGAAAACACAAAUUACUGCUACACAAAAUACACAUUUAUGCUCACGAGGGCUGGAUGAUGAUUCAAGUUGGUAAUUGACUUUCAAUGGAAUUGUGAUGAAAUCAUAGAUCAGAAUAUUGUUAUACACAAAUAUUUGUAAUAAUAAUAAUAAUCACAGACUUUUUUCAGAAAAUUAAACAUUUUGCAUGGAAAUUCAUAAUGUUAUGAGACAAUACUUUUUAUUUGUCAAGUAUUUAAUUCACUUGGGAGUAAUGAGACAACCUAUAUCAUGAUAGAGGAUUCUGGCCAUAUCGCACAGCCCUAGUGCUCACUCACAGGCAUGCCUCUCAGCAAUGUUUCCUCCAUUGACUUCCAAACAAACAAAACAAUUCAGUUUAUUUUUUAACGCCCAAAAUUACAAAUCUGCCUCGGAAGGAUUUACAAUUUGUACACAUACGACAUCCUCAGUCCAAGGAGCUCACAUCGGCACAGGACAAACCGAGGAUUCCAGGUUUGCUUCUCUCAGGAAAGAUGUUUCCCAUCUUGUGUCGUCUCCUCAGACUUCCUGAUGGAAUAAAAGCCCGAUUCAGUCAGUAAAUCCUCUCCUGUAACACUGGAGCAGAGGGAGGCUCUUGAAAAGCACAGUCACAGAUGGAGGGUGGUGGAUUUACUCACGGGGGUCACCAUUUACCCUGUAGAGUGGGAUAAGGGUGGGGGUUGGUGUCAUCCAUCCUCUAACGCUGCCCCAGUUAAAGAUUAUUACCCACGAUGCAUCUCCACCACAACUCUUAUUAAUCCCACUCUACUAUUCCUCACAUCCCUUCUAUGUGUGAGUCUCUGCCACGGUGCAGGGCAUUGUGUGGCUUUUGCUUCUGUGCUUUCAGGAAUGACAUGUCACUCUGAGAAUCCUUUUUCAGAUUAAUUUAGGUAUUUAACAGAAUAAUAAUCUGGAUUAAAUAUUUUCCUUUUAGUUUUUCUAUUGUUUUAUAGGUCAACUCCCUACCUGAUGAAAAUUACAAACAUUGCUUGAAAGGUUUGACAAUAUCAGUGUGCUUUAUUUGCAGGAGAGACUAACAUAAUAUUUUGUCUCUCUUAUGCGAUUACAAAACACCAUAGUGAUUGCAUGAUCCCAUUUUUGAGAGUUUUGAGUAUUCUGUGAAGCAUUUCAUACUUGUCUUUUUUGUACAUGUUUCUCUUCUGGAAACAUUCAGUGAUUCUUUUUUUUAUUGAUCUGGGUUUAUAUUAAUGCUUGUUCACCCAAACCGAUCCUCCACACAUGGUGUUGACAGUAGGAAGUCCUAUUAUAUUUCCACACAUUUUAUAAUAUGAGAAAAACUGGAAAUGUAAUCUGCUUUAUCAGGUAAAUUACGUCUGUUGCCAAAUGAUUUAUUCUGCUUCCAUGCUUACGUUGAUGAUUUUGUUGCCCCUGUGUAAUAGAGAACAAUGUUUAAGGCAACGUGGUGGAGUUAUAGCUAUAAACAGUAUAAAUGAACAUGCACGCAAAGUGUGUUAAGGUUCAAAAAGUUGCUAUUUUAAAAAUAAUUGUGUAAACACAGUGAUCGGAGGAAUAUUCAGUUCCAGCAUAACGUUUUGUUCCUGCUCAUUUCCAAUCAAACAGGAAUGUCUCAAGGGAUGAUGCUUUUUCUAAAACGCAUCACUGCUGUUUUACUCACAAGUUGACAUUUAGACAUGGGGGCUUCAUGUUUGAAUACUGUCAUCGGUGUUGAUUCAUCCAGACAUUGGAUUCCUUUUCUAAUGCAGUAAAGUCUAGUUUUACAUGACAUCAAAAGGAGAACGGCCCCAUGUCUUCUUCUGCUUCAUGUCUAGUUGGAGAGGCUCUUCUAGCCGAGGGAGCAUCUCACACUGAUGUACGAACUGCCUUACUCGAUAUUCCUUUUUUAUGUUUAUGCUUUUUUGACUAAACUAAUAAAGGUGUGACUGCUGAUCACAA